AUGGCAGUUGUCAACGAAGGUGCCCUGAAGAAAAUGCUGAAGCAAUACAAAUACAGAGACCUGACUGUUCGUGAGAUAACCAAUGUCAUCUCCCAGUACAAGGACUUGAAGCCGGUUAUGGAUGCUUAUGUGUUCAACGAUGGCUCCACAAGAGACCUUAUGAGUCUAACAGGAACAGUCCCAGUCAGCUACAGAGGUAACGUCUACAACAUCCCAGUGUGUCUGUGGCUGCUGGACACAUACCCCUACAACCCGCCCAUUUGUUUUGUCAAGCCUACCAGUGCCAUGAUGAUCAAAACUGGCAAACACAUUGAUGCUAACGGCAAGAUCUACCUGCCUUAUCUACAUGAGUGGAAACACCCCCAGUCAGACCUGUAUGGUCUGAUCCAGGUGAUGAUUGUGGUGUUUGGAGAGGAGCCUCCCGUGUUUUCUCGGCCCACCACACAGGCCCCCUACCAGGCCUUCCAAGCUGCUGGACCCCCUAACUCCUCUUACAUGCCUGGCAUGCCUGCAGUCUCCCCCUACGGACCUAAUCCCAACCCUGGGGGCUAUCCAGCAUACCAGUACCCAGGAGGAAACUCAUAUCCAGCCACAGCUGGCCCUGCACACUACCCCACCCAGACCCCAGUCUCCACAGUGGGCCCCAGCAGAGAUGGCACCAUCGGCGAGGACACCAUCCGUGCAUCUCUGAUUUCGGCUGUGAGCGACAAGCUUCGCUGGAGGAUGAAAGAAGAAAUGGACAGGGCCCAGGCCGAACUGGACGCCCUGAAGCGAACAGAGGAGGACCUGAAGAAAGGACAUCAGAAACUAGAGGAGAUGGUCUCACGACUGGACCAGGAAGUGUCCGAGGUUGACAGGAACAUUGAGCUGCUGAAGAGGAAGGACGAGGAGCUGAGCGAGGCCUUGGAGAAGAUGGAGAACCAGUCAGAGAACAACGACAUUGAUGAUGUUAUCGUUCCCACGGCACCACUGUAUAAACAGAUCUUGAACCUCUAUGCUGAAGAGAAUGCCAUCGAGGACACCAUCUUCUACCUGGGAGAGGCCCUGCGCAGGGGCGUCAUAGACCUGGAGGUUUUCCUCAAGCAUGUACGCCUUCUGUCCAGGAAGCAGUUCCAGCUUCGUGCCCUGAUGCAGAAAGCUCGCAAGACGGCUGGCCUCAGUGACCUCUACUGACCCACACUAAUUUACCUGAAUACAUGCAUAUCUUUGUUGCUCUUCUCUCUUGUGCUCUCCCUCUAGCUUUCUCCUUCUCUUGAUCCCUUCUCUUAUAUCUCUCGCCAUAAACACAAAUCUCCCUCUUAUUGCAUUUCAGUCCAACCAGCCCCCCCACCUUCCCACUUUGAUUCCCAGUGAAUCAUCCUCUUCUUGUCAGGCAUUGUGUCCUUUUUGAGGCAAAAGUCUGAGUAACACCAAAAGAGAAUCUGAUCAGAAAAAAAUGCAAGAAAUGGACUGUUCUGUUCAGCACUGGAAUUUCAAACUGUGCAGCCAUGUUUUCAGUAUGGCGUCAUUUGUUUAGUUGUCAUACCAACAACUGAUUUGCUUUAAAUUAUUAUGCAGUAACAGUCAUGAUACACUUGUGAGACAUGACACCAUUGCUAUGCCUUUACUUUUGCCAUGUUGAAAGAAAUGUGCAUCCAGUCUAAACGAAACACACUGCCACCACAAUGUUUGUAUGUGGUUGACACAGACAGCAUGCUCACACACAUGCCAUAUUGGUAGAGAUGAGGUGUGAGCCCAUGCUGUCUUUUUGUGACAUUUGCCCUGAGUGUUCCCGGUGUGACUGGGUCAUCAUACAGAGCUGGCUAAGGUGUGUGCCUGCUCUACGAUAGCCUACAGACUGUUGGGACUCUGUUUAUCAGGCAGUGUCAUUUGGCUAGUAAGCACAAAUUGGGGCCAGAUCAGUAGAGAGCCCUCUAGGUCUGAGACCCCUCAGAAUGAAAAGGUUAGGCUCUGAUAUAAAUACCCAGGGCAACCUUUCAGGAAGGACAGGGGUUCAACCUUAUGACUGAAUGCUGUUUGAGGUCUGGGUCAUGUUCAGUAGCCAUGGAACCAGAGGAUGUUUUUUCAUACAAAAGAGGUGAUUAUGGACCUGAACCUGUGUUCAUUCACUCUCUUUUCUGGGUCUUUUACUGACUCCCAUGCCACUUGCCCACACUUCUUUCUUUCUCCCUUUUCUCUCUCUUAAUGAUGGUGUGAGUGAGUUAUGUCAUUGUAAUGUCAGCUGCUCAGGUCUACCACUCAGUCUGGCUUACAUUCUGAGUUAAUCAGUCAGUCAUGUACAGUGUUUGUGAUCCAACCCUGUACAGUGUCUCUUAAGGUGGAUGACAGUCUUGACAUUCUUUAUUCAAAGAUAUUGCAAAGAAAAUUCCUUUUUUUUUCUUUUUUCUCUCACAAUUUUCUGUAUUUUUACUGUCUACUCCCACAUUCUCAGCUCUUCUAAUACUUUUGAGGUUUUCAGCAAAUGUAGGAAAAGUUGUGAAUAAGGUGUGUCAGAAGGUACAACAAAGAACUAUUGUACUAAUCAGAAAGUUAACUUAUGUCAAGUUUGCAAACAGUUCUUCUUUAAAUUAGUUUUUUACUAAAUGCACUUUGAAUUGUAUGAUAAGUAUAUCUAUAGUUUUUUUUUCUUUUUCUUGUUUAGUUUCCAGUUAAACCAUACACCACCUGUUCUUUUAUAUCUGUAGAUUAUGUAAAUCAGUACAAUUAAAAGAAAUCUGAUUUGAUGCUCA